AGUCCGUUGGCAACUUCGAAUCGGCAAAGUUUGAGCGCGGAACUUUUAAAAAUAGAACGCUUUUUAAACCGACUCCCGCAAAGGGAUAAGUGUCGAUAGAAUUUUUUAACGUUUUUAUUUGUUUGGUGUACUUGUUGCUUUUUAGGAUCUGUUUCGAAAUGGAUAAGUUUAAGUUUGUUCUGAUAGUUGGAUUUUUGAGCUGUGCCUAUUCCACCAUUAUAAUAAAGGACAUGACAGUUCCCCAAUCAAUUUCGCUAAACAGUAGUGUGGACCAUGCAGACUUUGACUGUAAUUACGAAGCGGUGAAUGAAUCUGAUAUAGAAGUUAAAUGGUUCUUUAAUGGUAAUGUUGAACAAGUUUAUCAAUGGCUUCCAGGAUAUAACACCACAGGUUACGGAAUGAAUUCGCUUCGAGAUAAGUUGGAUAUAGAAUAUAAGGUAACAAAUGAUAGCGAUACAGAGUACCGAGGCUUUCGAAUAAAACAUAUUGGAAGAGAAUUGACAGGGAAUUAUACGUGUAAAGUCAGCAGUGAGACCAACGAAGCAUACGAUACAAGACAGAUGGUUAUAUAUACCCCUGUUCAAUCUGGAUUGGAUCUCGUAUUACUCAGCAAUGACGCCUUAGUUAUAUGUAUGGCAAAUGGAAUUUCACCUAUGCCAGAAGUUCACUUUUCUCUUCAAAGCGAAAAUGGGACCAAAAUCGAUCUUACAGAAACUGUAGAGAUGGACGACGACAAUGACGGAUAUUACAACAUAACGGCAACUCACAAUUUUGCAUCCUACAACCAUACUUUAAAAGGUCCCACUAAAUUCCUUUGUAAUGUUAGCAUUCCAGGCACUUCGUACUUCUUGACAAAGGAAAUAAUUCAUGUGGGAAAUGAGGAACCUUUGACAAACGUAACAGUAGCAGAAGACUUAACUAAUAUGACAAUGACAAGGAUUGAAAUUGCAGAGGAAAUUGUCAACACUACUCAUCGAGGUACUGCUUCAAUAAUCCAGAUUUCAGCAUCACUUUCCAUUCUACUUCUAUCAUUAUUACUGAUGCUUGACUAGGUUUUAGGUAUUUUUUCUUAAAAAGUUUGUGAUAAAAUUACCAAAAAAAUUGUAAAAAUGUAAGAAAUUGUAUAUAAUUUUAAAUGUAUACCAAAAUUAUUUUAAAGCUUUUGUAAAUAUGUAAAUCAGUAAGUAUUGAUACUAUCAAUAUUUGUAAUUAUGUUUUCAUUCUAGUCCAUGAAUAAAUAUUUAUUUUACU